AUGGUCCGAGCCACAUUGGCAAAAUAUGGUGUUAAGAAGCAUAAGAUAGCUAUGCCAUAUCACCGACAAACAAGUGGGCAAGUGGAGAUCUCCAAUGUGAAUGCUAGGAGGAAGGAUUGGUCUAGGAAGCUGGACGAUGCAUUAUGGUCAUAUCAAACAGCUUUCAAGACACCUAUUAGCAUGUCUCCAUACAAAUUGUUUUACGGCAAGGCAUGCCAUUUGCCGAUUGAGCUAGAGCAUAAAGCACUGUGGGCACUGAAGCAUCUUAAUCUGAACUGGGAUGAAACAACAAAUAUGAGACUGGGGCAGCUCAAUAGGAUGGAUGAGUUCUAUCUUGGAGCUUAUGAGAGAACCGACCUGAACAAGGAACAAAUAAAGAAAUAG